AUGGUUGAAUGGUCUGAUGAGAACACUAUGAUUGUUUGUGAGUUGUUUGCUGAACAAGUGAGGUGUGGAAAUCGUUCGAGUACCCAUUUGAACAAUGUUGGGUACAACAAUGUGAUUGAAAAGUUUCAAAAGAGGACCAGUCUUUUAUACAAAAGAUCCCAAUUUAAGAACAAAUGGGCUAAACUAAAACGAGAGUUUGGUGCCUGGAACAAACUAUUGACACAAACUGGAUUAGGUUGGGAUGAGAACAAGGGAACGGUGAAAAUGAGUGAGGAAUGGUACCAGAAGUUCAAAGAGAAGCCACUGCAAAAUGAAGAAGAGUUAAAGGUUACGUUUGAGGAUCUUAGAAACACCGGUGAUGACCAUUUUUGUGCUUCAUCAGGUGUUAUACCUCAAGAUGAAUUAGAUGGUGGUGAUGAGCUUCUAGAGUCUGAUGAUGACAACGAGGCAGAAGAAAUAACACCCCCUGUGAAGGCCAAAGGAAAGAGAGCUUGUGGUGCCAUGGACAAGGGAAAAAGACCUAGGACAAGUGGUGGACAGUGGAUACAAGAGCAGAUUACUAAAAUUGUGCCUUGGAAUGAGAAGUCCGCAGCAUCUGUUGAGUCACUGGCAAAAAGGGAUGAAACCUCAGGGUGUUCCAUCAAGGAUGUCAUGUCCCUUGUGAAGGAGUGUGGUGCAUCUCCUGGUACAAAGGAGUUCUUCAUUGCUACAGAGUUGUUCACCGAGAGAGCUGAAAGGGAGAUGUUUAUGACUAUAGACGCCCCAUUAGACCGUUUUCAAUGGCUCUCGAUGAAGCACUUUGUCAAAUGUCUGGUUCUAGAAGUCAAAAGGAGUGGGAAUGACUGUGAUGAUGAAGAUGUUAAUGCUUUAGAGCUUGAUAUAUCAAUGACUGGCAGCUACAAGCAACUGCUACAAGAACCAAUUGCCUAUGAUGAAAACAACUUGUACAUGCAACUAGCAGAAUUGAUGAGCAACUGUAGUUGCAAGCUGAUUACCUACAUAACAUGA